GUGAAGUCAAAGCAGGCAAGCUAGAGAUUUGCAUGGAGGACUCAGAGAUGGCUAUCUCUGUUUCAGGCUUUUGUCUAGCAUCUCAUCAGUGUGCAGGGGAAGAGAACUGGGUGGACAGUCGGACCAUCUACGUGGGACACAAGGAGCCCCCUCCGGGCGCAGAGGCCUACAUUCCACAGAGAUAUCCUGACAACAGAAUCGUCUCCUCCAAGUACACAUUUUGGAACUUCAUACCUAAGAACCUGUUUGAACAGUUCAGAAGAAUAGCCAACUUUUAUUUUCUCAUCAUCUUCCUGGUGCAGUUGAUCAUCGACACACCCACAAGUCCAGUGACGAGCGGGCUCCCACUCUUCUUCGUCAUCACUGUCACAGCCAUCAAGCAGGGUUAUGAAGACUGGCUUCGCCACAAGGCAGACAAUGCCAUGAACCAGUGUCCGGUGCACUUCAUUCAGCAUGGCAAGCUGGUCCGGAAGCAGAGUCGGAAGCUGAGAGUUGGGGACAUUGUCAUGGUGAAGGAAGAUGAGACCUUUCCCUGUGACCUGAUCUUUCUCUCCAGCAACCGGGCAGAUGGGACCUGCCAUGUCACCACUGCCAGUUUAGAUGGAGAGUCGAGCCAUAAAACUCAUUAUGCAGUGCAGGACACCAAGGGCUUCCACACAGAGGAAGAUGUUGAUGGGUUGCACGCCACCAUCGAAUGUGAACAGCCACAGCCCGACCUCUACAAGUUUGUGGGGCGCAUCAAUGUUUACAAUGACCUGAACGACCCUGUGGUGAGGCCAUUAGGAUCAGAAAACCUGCUUCUCAGAGGCGCCACACUCAAAAACACAGAGAAGAUCUUUGGUGUGGCCAUCUACACGGGCAUGGAGACUAAGAUGGCCCUGAACUAUCAGUCCAAGUCCCAAAAGAGAUCUGCUGUGGAAAAGUCAAUGAAUACAUUCCUGAUCGUGUACCUCUGCAUCCUGGUGAGCAAGGCCCUGAUCAACACUGUGCUGAAGUAUGUGUGGCAGAGUGAGCCCUUCCGAGAUGAGCCAUGGUACAAUCAGAAGACUGAGUCAGAGCGCCAGAGGAAUCUGUUUCUCAGGGCCUUCACCGACUUCCUGGCCUUCAUGGUUCUCUUCAAUUACAUCAUCCCAGUGUCCAUGUAUGUCACGGUGGAGAUGCAGAAGUUCCUUGGUUCCUACUUCAUCACCUGGGAUGAAGACAUGUUUGAUGAGGAAAUGGGGGAAGGGCCUCUGGUUAACACUUCUGAUCUAAAUGAGGAGUUGGGACAGGUGGAGUACAUCUUCACAGACAAGACGGGCACCCUUACAGAGAACAACAUGGCCUUCAAGGAGUGCUGUAUCGAGGGUCACGUCUACGUGCCCCAUGUCAUCUGCAAUGGGCAGGUCCUUCCGGACUCUUCUGGCAUUGAUAUGAUUGAUUCUUCCCCGGGUGUCAGUGGCAGGGAGCGGGAGGAGCUCUUUUUCAGGGCUAUCUGCCUGUGCCACACUGUCCAGGUGAAGGAUGACGAUCACGGGGAUGAUGUGGAUGGUCCCCGGAAGUCUCCAGACUCAAAGUCCUGUGUGUACAUAUCUUCCUCUCCUGAUGAGGUUGCACUGGUUGAAGGUGUGCAGAGGCUUGGUUUCACAUACCUGAGACUGAAGGACAAUUACAUGGAAAUACUGAACAGGGAGAAUGACAUUGAGAGAUUUGAACUGCUAGAAGUUCUGAGUUUUGACUCUGUGCGGAGAAGAAUGAGUGUAAUUGUAAAAUCUACUACAGGAGAAAUCUAUCUGUUUUGCAAAGGAGCAGAUUCUUCAAUAUUUCCCCGAGUGAUAGAAGGCAAAGUGGACCAGGUCCGGUCCAGAGUCGAGCGCAAUGCAGUGGAGGGGCUUCGAACCCUGUGUGUUGCCUACAAACGGCUCGAGCCAGAAGAGUAUGAAGAUGUUUGCAAACUGCUGCAGGCUGCCAAAGUGGCACUUCAAGAUCGGGAGAAGAAGUUAGCAGAAGCCUACGAGCACAUUGAGAAGGACCUGAUUCUGCUUGGUGCUACAGCUGUUGAGGACCGGCUCCAGGAGAAAGCUGCUGACACGAUCGAGGCACUGCAGAAGGCGGGCAUCAAGGUCUGGGUGCUCACUGGAGACAAGAUGGAGACGGCCUCAGCCACCUGCUAUGCCUGCAAGCUGUUCCGCAGGAGCACCCAGCUGCUGGAGCUGACCACCAAAAGGCUAGAGGAGCAGAGCCUGCACGAUGUUCUGUUCGAGCUGAGCAAGACUGUGCUGCGCUGCAGUGGAAGCCUGUCCAGGGACUCCUUCUCAGGACUUUCGACAGAUAUGCAUGACUAUGGUUUGAUCAUCGAUGGAGCUGCCCUGUCCUUGAUCAUGAAGCCCCGGGAGGACGGAAGCUCCUCAGGCAACUACAGAGAGCUCUUCCUGGAGAUCUGCAGGAACUGCAGUGCAGUGCUGUGCUGCCGCAUGGCGCCCUUGCAGAAGGCCCAGAUUGUUAAGCUAAUCAAGUUUUCAAAGGAGCAUCCUAUCACCCUAGCGAUUGGUGACGGUGCAAAUGAUGUCAGUAUGAUCCUAGAGGCCCACGUGGGCAUAGGUGUCAUUGGGAAGGAGGGUCGCCAAGCUGCCAGGAACAGCGACUAUGCAAUACCCAAGUUCAAGCACUUGAAGAAGAUGCUUCUUGUUCAUGGGCAUUUUUAUUAUAUCAGGAUAUCUGAGCUUGUGCAAUACUUCUUUUAUAAGAAUGUCUGCUUCAUUUUCCCUCAGUUUUUGUACCAGUUUUUCUGCGGAUUUUCACAGCAGACUUUGUAUGAUACUGCGUAUCUGACCCUCUACAACAUCAGCUUCACUUCCCUCCCGAUUCUCCUGUACAGCCUUAUGGAGCAGCACGUGGGCAUGGAAGUGCUCAAGAGAGACCCAUCCCUGUACAGAGACAUCGCCAAGAACGCGCUGCUCCGCUGGCGGGUGUUCAUUUACUGGACGUUUCUCGGCGUAUUUGACGCUUUGGUAUUUUUUUUUGGUGCUUAUUUCAUGUUCGAAAACACGACCGUGACCAGCAACGGACAGAUGUUUGGGAACUGGACCUUUGGGACACUGGUGUUCACUGUGAUGGUGUUCACUGUCACACUGAAGCUUGCGCUGGACACCCACUACUGGACUUGGAUAAACCACUUUGUCAUCUGGGGGUCACUGCUCUUCUACGUCGUCUUCUCCCUGCUCUGGGGAGGGAUUAUCUGGCCAUUCCUCAGUUAUCAGCGGAUGUACUAUGUAUUCAUACACAUGCUGUCCAGCGGGCCUGCCUGGCUGGGCAUCACACUGCUUGUCACUGUCAGCCUGCUCCCUGAUGUCCUCAAGAAGGUCUUGUGCAGGCAGCUGUGGCCCACGGCGACGGAGAGGACUCAGAAUAUACAACUUCGGGACAGAGUUUCAGAAUUCACCCCUCUGGCCUCUUUGCAGAGCUGGGGUGCUCAGAGCACCAGACCCUUGGCUGCCCAGUGCAGCUCCUACUCUGGGAGAGCAGUGUGCUCAGGGUGGGAGAGCGAAGAGUACACCGUGCUCCCCCACACACACCCAGGCCUUUCCCACAACACGAGGUAUGGGUGCUGUAGGUCGAGCCUGGAAACACCCACUUGAUGGACAGCCUUCUGUCCCAGCCUCUGAGAGCUAUGUUCUUGGGUGCCUGUGUGUGCCUGUACCUGCCCUACCCCUCAUCCUCAAGGAGGUGGGGGUGGAAUCACAGGUCACCCACUCAGGCACAGCACACUGCAAUCUGGACUGUGCGUGUGACAGGCAUCAUUGUCCUAGGCCUGGUGACCAUACAGACAGUUGGGCUAUGGAAAAGGACAUUAUGCUUGGCUUCAUCUUAAGCAUUGCCACUAUGAAGCUGGCCUUGCCAGGCCUGAGUAUCCACCCUUCUGCUGUUGUCGUCCUCUGCUGUCACCUGAGGAGAAGACCCUGUCCUUUUGUCUGCAGCCUUGUACAUUACGCACAUGAGCUUGGCUCAUGUUGCAUCCUGAUGUUCCUGACCACUUGUUUCCUGUGUAAACCAUCCACCCUUCCUGUUUGGGAGGUGGUCGUAUCAGACACUAAGAGGAGGUGUGCGUCUCCUGGACCUGUGGCCUUGCUGUGCUCACAUUCACUGUCCCCUCACAAGCCAUUUCCCUAGAUCAUGUCUGAGUUUGUCUGCUGAGGAGACGCUGACCAUGCACAGUGGAGCUUUCGAAGGUGUCAGUGUCCCUUUCCUGCCACCGGCUGCCUGUGGAAGAUGCCAUUUAUGUAUGUAUAUGGAUAAGUCGCACUGUUAAUCAGGCCUCUCAGGAGUGUAGCGAUAUCUACCACAUCCCAGAAUGAUGUCAGUUUACCUUAUUGGAAACCAUUUGUUUUGGGGGUGCUGGGAAAGGUGGGGGCUUGGAGCACCUAGGCAGGUAUUUAUCUCACCCAGAGGUGAGUCCCAUACCCAAAGCUGUCUGGGGCUGGUGUGAACUUAUCUGUUUCAGUCUGCUGCUCAGCCUGCCUCCCACUGGUGCCACACAAAUUCCACCCAGGGCUUCACUUGGAGUGGACAGGCCGUCAGAAGGCCACUGUACUGUGAAUCCCUGCUGCUUCCCGCACUGGCAUUUCUGUUUCUAGUGGAUCCUCCGACAGAGUUGUAAUGGGCCUAACAUGGUGAAGAUGUUUCAGAAGGUGCCAGCCAGAGCUUAGGAGAAAGCCAUCCCCAUCCCCGUGGAGUCAUGUGGUGGGCCUGGGACCAUAGUGAGGGUCACAGACACUUGAGAGCCUAUAACCUGGGAAGCACAAAUUUUGUAACAUGAUUACCCAAUAUGUGCUCAAACUAGGGGACCAGCCGACAGUAGGAGCAACUAUUGGACCUGGCAGCUGGGGGAGGGCGGGUGAACAUAAACACCACACCAAAGAUGGGGAGAUGGCCUUGAGCUGUGAAUAGACAGAAGAAUGUACAGCUCCGCUAAGGGCUGUCCCUGGCUCCACACCCUCAUGCCCGUUCACCCACCUGCGUCACCAUGUGUCAGCCCAGGGUUGGAGCCCCAGUCCGCACUAGCCCUUAAAUAGUGGUGUGUGCAUUUUUACAGCCCUUUUUAAGAACCCAAAAUGGGUACAAACAUGAUACCUACAGGGAGGGGCAGGUUCUCUGUAUGUUUAGUUAACAAAUUAUUUGUAAUGUAUUUUUUUAGGGAUCUUAAAAUUGCCUUUGCACUGAAGUAUUUUCAUAGCUGUUUCUAUGUCUCUUAUUCAUUUGUUGAUGUACCUUCUGAUUUUUAAGUAUGCUGUUAAAGCUUUCACUUUUUAAUUUAAGCAUUUUUGGCCACUUUAAAUGCUGGGGAGAGUUCAGGCUGAAUGUUUCCAUACCUGAUAAGUGAGCUCUGUGCCUCUGUGCUCCUUGGUAUUUCUAGAGACUGACCACCCGGUGAAGGGUGUUCUGGAGGCAUAACCAUUUUCUCUUGUUUUGUCACCGGGUGAAGGGUGUUCUGAGGGCAUAACCGUUUUCUCUUGUUUUGUCACCGUCCUUUGCAUUUUCGUGUUUUCUGUUUUGAUUUUUUUUUUUAAUUCAUCCUUCAGCCUUAAACAGAAUAUUCUUCCUGCAGGCUCUGUGUUCUGCAACCCAUCCUAGGUGUGAGGGCACUCUCUUGCACCUCCCCCAAUAGCCUAAGUUUACAUAGGAACACCCCAGAUUUUAUGCACACUCCAGUGUCUUUUAAAAUUGUGCUUAGGAAAUUACCAGACAAAGGUGCCUAAGAAUUUGAGAUAGAUAAGGGCACAGGUGAAAUGCAGAGACAUAGACCAGAUAUGAGUGCUGAAGACCCUCCACCACCUCACCUCACGGCAGCUGCUUUUUACUUUCCUUCAAGCAAUUAACUUCAACUCAGAGUAAGCAUUUUCUUAAUUGCAUUGCAUAUGUCAACAUCUGUGAUAACUUCAUUGGCCAGAAUUCAUGGUUCUGUCCCCUGCAAGCAGUCCAUCUCAUAUAUGUAGCAGGAGUCCUGGCUUCAUAUGUGUUCUCUUUCUGUUCCACACACACCCAUGGCCAUUUACAAGCUUGUAUAAACAUGUACACAUAUGUGCGCGCACACAAACACACCUGUGCAUUUUCCUUCCAGCCUCCAUUCUGAUAGCCCUGUGCACAGAGGUUUUGCCCUCUGGGAUCAGGCUAAUGGGAGCUGCACACCACUCUGAGUGCAGGUGCCUGCUCCUUGCCACAUACUAGCUAGGAAAAACAUGCCCCUAAAUCCCAGCAAUCCAUUCCUGAGUACAAGCAGACCAAAGGCCCCACCCAGGGAGCUCCUGGAUGGGAGGAGGCUCUGAAGGUUGAGAUAGCAAAAGGGGGGGGAUGGUACAGCCAAGGCUGGAAGGAGGACUACAACGGGGUAACUUUGUCUUUACUGAGCACUUUUUCUAGGAGCAGCUGCCGAAUGUCUUGAGUGUGCCAUCUUGGUCACCCAGGUCACUGAGCAUCAGCCAAGUCUCUGGUGGUCUAGAGAAAGCUCCAGCCUGGUCUCUGAACCCCAAGUUCAAGGUGUACCUGCACUGAUUGGUACUGGACUCCCCAUCCACACUUAUCUCGUCCUAAUGUAAUUUAUUGGCAAUGCCACACAACAGCAGGCCCUGAUGUUAUACAUUUUUUUGGAAGUUUCCCAUUUAUGCUAAAAACGGGGAAAAAUUCACUUGGCGAAUGCAAUCUUUUUGUUUUAAAUGCUAGAAGACAGGUGAACAGAAAGUGGUUCUGAUACUGUGUCUAAACAAAGCUUUAAUGAAGAUGUGUAUGUUGGAAGUAUUAUGAAAGUGUGAUUCUAAUUUUGCAGAAAAAAUGUCUAUCAAUUUAUAUAGCUUUAUUUUUACCUUAUCAAAAGAUACAGAAUUUUAAUAUACAGAUAUUGUCUGACUUAAAAUCAUGUGUGUCUACAUUACCACUUAAAAUGUCCAUUUACAAUGUAAUGUAUGAACAAGAGAGAAUCUAAGAUGUAUUUAACAUGAAUGGUUACCUGUAGCUAUCAUCGUCAUAAGUACUGAAUUUGUUUUAAAUUAUCAAAUAUAGUAAGUACACUAAACAUGUCAUUCUCCAACACUAAUGUUUAACCGAUAGCCCAGUAACCUGCUUUGAAAAAUUAAAUUGUGAAUUAAACCAGA